AGGACAAACACACCGAUUUGAAUAACAACCCAUACCUUGUUAAAGGAAAUGGGGUUUGAAAUAUACAACAAAUCCGUAUCCGCAUUCUACAACUCCCCUAGUAAAGGCGGGUUGCAACUUGUUUACAUGGCGUCGCAAAGAAAAUUCGGUGUUGCGGUGUCAAAACGUAUUCUGCUUGAGAAGGAUUUCUGUCCCCAAAGUGAGCAGUUGAGUGUUAGCGAGGAGCUGUGACUGGUAAUGCCAUCAUACGGGACAUUAAUAUCCGGGAGCUAAUCAACACAAGGUGAUCCAGGGAUAAAACCCGGGGCUGGGAUAAGCCACGAAAAAACGAAUGGAAAAUUGGUUUUAACGUUUAGGCUUAAGUUUAGGAUGGAUUCGCCUUAAUCCACUUCAGUGUAGUGAUGGUGAACUGUGCCUUGUAUAUUCGAAAACAAAGGAAAUAUAAGAAACAUAUCAAGAUCAACUUCUUUGGUCUGGAGUCACGUGACCACUUACGGCUCAACAGAAAAAUAACCACAAAUUUACGUUGCCUAGGAAACUACCACCGAAUCUGUGGACAAUGCAUCACUUGAAUGCUUACUGAAAACCAACGUAUUUUCAUACAAAAUGUAAUAUUAGAGAAACAAAAGACCCUUGACUUACCCGAAUUGAAACAGGGGUGACAUUUAUGCAGAGCAGUCCAAUGAAAAAGUUGCAGCUAUCACAUUAUUGGAUUCCACUGAAGAAGGAAGUUGCACAAAAAUAUUUCUUUGUGGAAAAACGCAAUUGGUCGUUAGAAAGUUCCAGUAUUAUAAUAAGGAAGGCUGACAGUCAGUGUCGUUCAAAAGAAUAACGCAACCGGUGUAGGAACAGUGGAUAAAACGAAAUUGGAGGAAGCCUUGCCGAAACUGUCAUUUUGUUCCCAAACCGAUCACUUAUGCAAAGUUUGCAAAUACAGAAGACGCUCGCUCUUAAAUGUAAGAGCGAGAGACAGUAGACUUAAAGGGAACAUUGUGCGCUACAUUUCAGUGACAAUAAUUGCAAGAGAUUUUUGGAAAUAUUCUGCGGACGUUUUUCUAAUCUUGGAAACUAUUGAAUGAUCACUAAUGAUCAUGUUCACGAUUUUGCCUUGGUAAAAUACCUCUGCACUGUUCAGCACGCUUUAUUUAAUCAAGGAUAUUCAACGAAAGUACUGACUCUUGUAGAAAUGUUGAAGUUGGCCUCGGAAACUAAUGGCACCGAGUCAGGCAUGGAGGACGCGUGGCUCACUCUAUCGGUGGAAGGUGAACCUAAAAGCCUGGAGGAGGACGCUCUCGAGCAGUCGACGUUUAACGAAGACUUGUGGCACAAUUUAUUAGACCAACUGAGUAAGGCGGAGAUGUGUCGAAUUAAUUUUGAAGUUGAGCCUUAUCCACCGACUGACAAUGGUCAGGUGUACUGUAACAGGAGCUGGAAUGGCGCCACCUGCUGGCCCACAACCCUGGCCGGCCACUGGGCCACCGCCUUCUGUCCGCCCGAAGUGGAGGGAGUUUCGCUGGACGUUACACAAAAUGCGACAAGAUACUGUCAUCCCAAUGGAAUGUGGAAUGAAAAGUCUAACUACGACAACUGCACUCUGUUAUCACACGUUGGAAUAGAGAAUUUAGAGGAAUUUGAAAUGUUCAAUUUGGCAGCAAGGAUGAUUUAUUUCGUGGGGUUUAGCAUAUCCAGUUUAGCACUCAUUUCAGCCUUGCUUAUAUUCUCAUAUUUCAGAAGCCUACACUGUCUCAGGAACACCAUCCACUCUCAUUUGAUGGGUUCAUUUCUUCUCAGGAUAUUAGUCUGGGUAAUGCUGCAUUUCGUCACCCGUGCGGUGUUCUUAGAGCCAGAUAUUAAAGACGUAUCGUCAGGGUUGAACUGGUUCUGUAAAAUCCUCACGGCUCUCUCCCACUACAGUACCAUAGCUAACUUCUUCUGGAUGUUAAUGGAAGGGCUUUACCUUCAUAUUAUGGUGUUCUGGGUCUACUCCGCCGAAAAACUCAACAUCUGGCUCUUCGCGCUCAUCGGUUGGGGCUGCCCUUGGUUCUUCGUAAUUAUAUGGGCUAUCGCCAAGUAUAACAAACAAAACAGAGAUUGUUGGAUUACCCUGCACGGCUCGAGUGAUGCCUUGGACUUCAUAAUAUAUGCUCCAAACUUGACAGUUAUAGGGGUGAACCUGGUAUUUCUGUUUUCCAUCAUUUGGGUGCUUGUCUCCAAAAUCAAUUCUUCCCAAAACUUUGAUGGGGGCCAAUACACGAAUAAAACGAGUUUUUUGUCUUACAGUAAAGCUGUCCGAGCGACAACUCUGCUUGUUUUGCUUCUUGGAGUGGCCUACAUUUUCUUCGUCAUCCCUCCAAGCAAUGACCGGGUGACGAGGAUGAUUUUCUUUUUCUGCGUGGCUGUUCUGACGUCACUGCAGGGGUUGUGCGCAGCGGCAUUUUACUGUUUUAUGAACGGAGAGGUUCAAGCCACAAUCAAACGGCGGUUUCAUCAUUGGCAAGACACAAGGAGCAUUAGCCAUGGUACGCGCUCAACGCGCGUGACUUCGGUGACAGGGCGUCAGAGCCCGACCAAUGGGAACAGUUGUAGUCAUCCGGGUACUCCCAAAGAGGAGGAGUCAAAAGAGAUAGACUGUCUUAUUCAAUGCUCAUUGGCCCAUCGUGAAAGCAAGGACAGUAAUGACAAUGAAAAAGGCAAACUAUCAGAUAAUCUAAUGAUGGCUCAGCUUAGUAAUGGAUCAAAUGUAUGAAAUUGGAAGGUACUUAUAAAUAUAAGGACCAAGCCUUGCAGGGUUGUGAGAGAAGAGGCAAAUUUGCUUCCCUAGGGAUUUACAGACUUGAAUUUUUCCACGGCAGCUUCUGUUCCUCAUCCUUCCAAAAGACUUUAGUGGGUUUGGGAUCUAUGGUUCUGUCAUUUGUUGAAGACUUGAGGUUGAACUAUCCA